CCCAGAUGUAAUUUCGUCACUUUCUAAACAAACUAUGGCGCUAUACAAUCGUUUCCUUAUGAGUGGAAUACUACUGCUUACUGAAAGUCAAGACAGACAAUCAUUCCGUUGUUAAGCGUUUCAAAUCACAAUAACGCCGAGAUCAAAGAGAACGAGCAUAGCAGCCGAUAAGAGACCCUCAGAAAGCCGCAAAGAUAGCUAAGUUCAGUUGCACGAUACCGGAAGUUUUCUUCUCCACUAUUUCGCUGUUUACAUUGAACUACAAUUCCACUCAACAAUGGCAUCCAACUAUGAAUUGCCCGACGAGGUCAAUGACACCCGAUCGAAGAGUGUAGAAAAGAAAGUAGAGAUGAAAACGUUUAUCUCAAACGUUGGACUAGAAGAACUUACAAUCGAAAGCGAUCGCCAGGGCGAAGAACUACUCAUAAAAAUCGUAUGCGUCGGUGGCUUCACUGGCGGAGUGGGUACCAAAGGUGUCUUCAUAGACGAUUAUCUCGAAGUGUGGCCUCCUGUUCAAACGUAUCGUUCUCCACUAAUCGGAGUGAAAUUUUAUUUAAAAACAAUUAGAUGGCAACAAAGCGAUGCACAGAAACCGAUCUCUAUCAAGCUACAACUCUGGGAAAUUGCCGAACAGGAACGCUUUUCGAACAUGGUAAAAAUUUACUUCAGGGACUGUCUCGGGGCACUAGUUUUCUGGGGAACGCAAAGGCCGUCGACGCUGAAUGAAGCUGUACUGUGGAGAGAAAAUGUCAAAGAAUUUUGUCCAUAUGCGCCAUGUGUUCUUGUCACUGACAACGUUGGAAAGGAGCCAGUGAAAUGGAUUGGGGAUGGGGAGACAUUUGACAGCGAAAUCGCGUUUGAUCAGUUCUGUGAGGAGCACGGAUUUGUGGAUCAUUUUGAGAUCAAGGCACGCGAUUGGGAAUCCGGUGAGAAGAGUGUUUUUGGUCGAGCUGUGACGCGUCUUCUCGUUGAAAUUUUCAAAAAUCAGUGAAGCGGAAUAAGCUUUGAAUAGCACAUGAUCAAUGUCUAUCAAGGAACUCGGUAUUACGUCAACAGAGUUAACUCGUGUAAUUCCAACCGAAUGUCAUCCAUUUUUAAUAUCAUUGUGUUGAAAAACUUGUGGUGUGGGCGCCUGCGUAUUUACAAAGGAUACGCUUGGAAAGAAACCUUUUGGCGCAGAAAUGAAUACCUGAAUAACAUCAGUUUGUAAUUUAUACAACAGUGACAGGAGCGUUGCUCAGGCAUGCAAUACGUGCUUAUUACGCACCCUUACUUGAGUAGUUACAUUUUUACGUCGCACGUUCUGUUCCUUGACAACGUCUUGUCAAAGUUGUGUCAUUCAAAUUUAUUCCGUUUUAAAUCAAGCGCAGGUGAUAUAAGUUAAAGGCUCGUAAUUCAAUUAUUUUCGUUCACCUGUUCCCGACACGUAAUUCACAGACAUCGCCACUUACCCUUAUUUUAUCGACUCAAGUCCCAGUGUUGUUCAGAAUUUCAUAGCUGUUACCAAGAAUAAAGUAAAAAUUCAAUGUUA